AUGAAAAGUAAGACAAUUUUAAAGAAAGAAAAGCAAUCCAAAAGACAAAGCCGAAAUAAAAAAGGGAAAAUAAGUGGAAAAUUAAAAAGUGGAGAUAAUAGUUCAAGUAAUGAAAGUGAUAUUUAUUUUUAUAAUGAUCUUCAAAGAUGGAAAAAUAAUAUAAAAGUCCCAAUAUGGUUAAAAAAACCAAAGGAUAGAGAAUCAUUAAGUGAAUAUUAUAAAAAUAUAAUAAGAAAAUUAUUAAGAGUUAAAAAUAAAAUAAGAGCAUAUAAAAUACAGGAAGCAUAUUUAAUAGAUUGCUUACACAAAUGUAUGAAAUAUUUAAAAUUAAAUUCAUUGUCUAUGGAUUUUUUGGAUUAUGAAAUAUAUAAAAAUUUAAUUUAUAAUGAUAAUGCUGAAAAUUUAUACGAUAGUUUAAAUCAUUUUUAUGAACAUGAUAAUAAUAAUAUUGAAAAUGGAAAAAAUGAAUGUGAAAAAUUCAGUAAAGAAAAUUUAAAUGAUUGCAAAAAAAGGUUAAAGCCAGAUAUUAAGAAAAAUAACAAUACCUCAAGUGGUCAAAUUGUUUACCAAAAUAAUGAUAAUCCAAAUAUUUAUGAAGCAGAUAAAAAUGGGGCUAUUAAUAUCAAUCGGGAUUAUAUUGAUUAUAAAAUAGAUAUGCGAACCAAAUGUGUUAAAAAUAGCAAUAUGUGUGCAAAGAUUUGUAAUAAUAAAACAGAUGUGUUUACUAUGGAUGCGAAUAAUUUAUUACAAAAUGAAGGAUGUAAAGAUAAAAUAAAUGAGAAGGAGAUUAUCAAAACUAACUUAAAUGAGUCACUUAAUUUAAUCGAUUUGAUAAAUAGUCUAAAUAAUGAACUAUUAAAGAAACAGAAAGAAAAGAAAAAUAAUGAUAAAAACGAUUUAAUGAAAAAGGUUUUCAAAAAAGUAAUAAUUCCAGGAUCUUUUUUUGAAAAUAAUAAUUUUUGUCCAAUAUUUAUGAAUUUGUUAAAACUGGAUAUAUAUAAUGCUUGUUCUAAAAAUGGUAUAAAUAUAUCCCAAAAGUUAACAAGCCUUUUUAAAGCUAUUAAUAAUUUUUAUGAAACUUUAUCAGAAUUGGAUAUAGAAACAGAAAAACAAAUACAGAAUGAAAUAAUUCAUAAUGAUAUAAAGGGAAAUGAAGAGAAAAUAAAAAUGAUGCCACAAAAUUCAAAGAUAACAAAAGAAAUUGAAAUAAAUGAAAAAAACAAAAAUAAUACUACUAAUUCAUAUAAUAAGGAUUUAAAUUUUUUUAAAAAUCAAAGUUCAUUAUAUAAAUUAUCACAAUAUUGUAUUGAAAACCAUGUUCUAGCAAAUGAAAUGGUCGAAACAUUUGAUACAAUUUAUAUAUACACUGAGAAAAAUAACAAUAAUUAUAGAAGCAAUAAUAUACUAAAUGAUAAGUUUGGGUCCAAUCAAAAUCUCGAGUUUACUUUAAAUAUUUCAAAAAAAAACAUAGAAGAAUUGCAAUAUAUUGAAAAUAGAAAUUCAGUUUUAUUAAAUGAAGAAUGUAGCGAAUUAAAAAAUAAUAAAAAAAUUAUUAAUAAUGGUGACAUAAUAGAGGAUGAUGUGGGUAAAGAAAAUGAACAACAAAUAUAUAAUACAUGUGAAAAAAAAAAUAUAAGUGAUAAAGAGGUAUAUGAAAUAUCAAGCUCCUUUGAUGAGACUGAAAAAGUAACACUAAGGGAAAAUAAAAUGUGUAAUAUAAAUAAUGAACAAAAAGAAAGAGAUCAACUAUUCGAAAUGUGUGGCAAAUUAGGACAAAAUGAUGAUACUGAUGAAAAAAACGAAAGAGAUCAACUAUUCGAAAUGUGUGGCAAAUUAGGACAAAAUGAUAAUAUUAAUGAAUAUAAAGAUAGAGAAAAUAUUUUAAAAUGUGAAAAAAACAAAAAAAAUAUAUCUAUAUACAAUGAAAAUCUGUUAAAAACCGAAAAAAUGCAGGAUAAUGAAUAUGAUCAAAUACAUAUAAACAAAAGAAAACUAGAACAAACAUAUUUAUUUAAAGAACAAGAUAAUGAUGAUAAUAAUACAAAUAUACGAAUAAUGGAGGAAGAACAAAAUUAUAAAAAAAAAAACAAAAUUGAAAAUAAUGAUUUGAUAAAAUGUGAUAUAUUAAAAAAUGAUUUUUUUAAAAACAGUGAUGAAUAUAAUAAUAUUGUAACUCCAUGUAUACAUCAUGAAAAUAUAAAUGAAAAAGGAGAUUAUAUGAUUCCAUAUAAUAUUGAGACAGGUUCUAUUCUUAGUUCUGAUAAAAAUGAAGAAAAUAGAAAGGCGUUAAGUUGCAAGGAUCUUAAAUUAAAUAAAGAAAAUGAUAAACCGCAUUUAAAAAAAAUAGAUAAUUUUUCACCCCCUGAAAAUGUAUGUAAUAUAAGUUUCCAUGAUAUUGAAUCGAGAAGUUUUUUAUCGUGCAAUGACGAUAAUAAAAUAAGCGAGAUUGAAAUGGAAGAAGCAAAUUCAGACAUUAUAAUUUUAGACGCUUAUGAUGAAACGCAGUUAGACAAUACUAACGUAAAAGGAAAUAAAAAAGGAAAUCUAAAUAAUCAGGAAAAUGAUAAAACCAGUCAAAAUAAUACUCCAUUUAUUAAUAAUUAUCACAAAAUAAAUAAAGUAAAUAAAUAUGAUUUGGAUAUAUGGUUUAAUACCAGCACACCUGAAUGCCCAAAUUCUUAUAAUGAAGAUAAGAGCAAAGAAAAAAAUCCACGAAAUUUAAAACAAUCAGAUAUAUCAACGGUGGCAAAUAUGUCAACGGUGGCAAACGUGUCAAAUAAAGAAAGCGAAAAUGAAGUAUCAAUUUUAAAUAUUGAUUUAAAUAAAGCCCAUGAUACUGUACUUGAAGGGCUAAUGAAUUUUUUUGGCCUUAAAAGUAAGAGGUUGCCAAGAAAAAUAUUAAUUACCGAAUUAAAAAAAAUACAAACAUAUUUAUGUAAAGAAUAUAAUACAUAUUUGAAAAAAAAUAAUUUAAUACCGAAUGAAGAUAUAUAUGUGAAUGUGAAUUGUGAAAACUUUGGUAAUGAUAGAAACGAAUUUGUCAAAGAAUAUGAGAAUAAAAUUUUUGAUACAAAUUUUGAAAAUGAAUUUGCUAAAAAUGUGGACAAAUAUAUAGAGGAUAAUAAUAUAAAAAUUGAAAGUUAUAUAAAACUGGAUGAACUAAUAAAUAAUGAUAAAAAUAAACUUCAAGAAGAAUACAUAAAUAAUAUGAAAAAUAAAAUAAAAAUAAUGGAAAUGAAAGAAAUACAUGAAAGAAUAGAUGAAGCUAUAAAUGUGAAUGAAAAUAUAAAUAAUAUUAUACAAAGUCAAAAAAAAAUUAAAUAUUCAAUAUUAAAAAAAUAUUUAAUUGAUUGCAAAUUGACCGUUACUAAAGAUACUAUUGUUUCUUACUGUAAAAACAGGAACAUAGAAAUUCUCUUUAAAAGGGCUGGGGAAACAAGUCCCACGUAG